UGUCAUGGCCAAGCGCGCCUUGUGCGGGAGCAUUAGUCAUGAGUCCAUGCACAAGCCUCGCACGUGUGGCGUUCAUUGUAUGAUGUGGGGUCUCCACUGCCCCUCUGGCAGAAGUGGAGUGAACCCGUCCCUGUGUGUGUGUGAAAAGAAGGCUUUUCGGGCGGCUGGCUCGGGUUUCAGCGCACACAUUGCCUCACCCCCGCCCUUUGCAGUUGCUGAUUGAGUUGUGUCAUCGAUUGAUGCCUGGAUUGCCACAGACACGCUGAUCCAUAAACCUCUCUCUGGGCGACGUGUUCUUUAAGUCCGCACUGGUAAUCAAGCUCGCGGUCUCUCCUUUUCCUCUUCAGGAUAUCUUCUCUCUCUCUCUUUCUCAUACUCCUGGUGCUCUUGCUGUAGCUUCAAUCGUAGGCUCUAUGUAUCUUCCGUGGUGUGCUGUGGUUGAAGUGGCGAGGAAACUAUUGAGCAAGAGAGUCUAAGGUGAUUGCUUGAGUUCUGGGUGGUUCCUCUGUCCCAAGGAUGUAGAGAGCAACCAUUUGGCAAAAGUGGGUCUUAGAUGUUGUUCGUUGUCUUCAAAAUUUUGGUGAAGGUCGUUCUUGGUGGAGCUUGUUCGGAAGUCGUCGCGGAAUUGGGUACUGGAGAUGAUAUAUUCCGAGGGAUCUCGCAUUGAACUCGAUCCUUGGUGCAUUUCAAUUGGGAAUGCCAAAAAAUUAGCCUCUUCUAAAUCUGGCUGUGGGAAUGGAAUCCGGGCUAUUUGAUGUUUCGCAAACGCUUGCUCUGAGAAAUAAAGAGUUGGAGAAGCAGUAGAAUACUCACGUUGGGGUCCAAAGACACAACAUGAAGUUUGUGAGAAGAUCAACAUCUAGGCCAUGAAGGAUAGAGGGAUGCUGUUCAGUAAGUACAUUUGUGCUUGGCAACCAGUCCGAGUGAUGCAUGGUGACGGCCAUGUUCGAAGCCUAACGCGACCGGUAACAGUGGGAGACUUGCUUAAAUGUCACCCUCAUCACUUCGUCUGCAAGCCCAGCUCAACUGGACCGCUUUACCACAGUAGCAUGCUGCCCUCAGACAUGGAGCUCGAAGAAGGCAGAAUAUACCUGCUCCUCCCACUUCCUCGGCUGCUGCCUAAUCUCAGCAGUGCAUUAUCCUAUCCACCGUCAUGCCCAUGCUUCUCCCACCUAGAGGCCACUCAAAUAUAUAACGAUGACGGCAGUCCCGACUCCAAGUCUUUCAUUGGAGAGUAUUCAAGGAUGAAGUGCUGGAUUGCGAGGAGACAUGGCCAGUUCCAGGUUGCAGCCAACACAAUUCGGAUGCUCAAGCACAGAGUAGCCAAGUCGAAAAUCAUGAAAUCGUUGGUACGCAUGAGCAAGAGAACUCUCCCGGAGAGGCUGCUAUUUCGGUUAUGUUUUCAGAAACUUGAGGAUAACAUCCUAUUGCCUUCAUCAUCACCAUCUGAUGUAGAAAAACCAGGGCAAUGCUGCUCAAGGAACCGGUGGAGACCAGGGUUGGAAUGUAUCUCAGAGAUUGCUUUAAUUACGGGCUUGCUUCGAGACUCUGAGGUUAGUGAAAGAUAAAUUACACUACCUCUCAGCGACAUGUACAAGUGGCCCCUCAUCUUUAAGAAGGAAGAUUGGAGUGUCGGUGGUCCAUCGUGUCAUGCUUUAUCCACAUCCCUACCAUACAACAAGGCGAUGCGAGACUGAGCUUUCGAAUGAGAAGGACCUGGCAUAGCUACAGGUUUUAUCAAUGUGCACGUUACUCGUGGGAGGCUUUCAAUGACGUGGGAUGAACGGCGUGGUGAUGUACACAAGGGGUCAACUUGACGGAUCCUAAGCGACGCUUCGGAUUAUGCUCCAUAUGAAAAUAAACUCCUCUCUGAAACACUUUCACUAUUCAAUUAAACCAUUUGUAGCUUUUCUGACAAUAUGUUGUGUCCAUUUAUCCACAACAGUCAGUUGCUCUAUCUGAGCUUCUGGCAACACUGCUCUGCAGGUUAGAAACCCUUUCUCUCUCUUCACGUGCGGGAGUUUGGAUAAGUUCACGACAUAUCCACAGCUUAAGGUUAUUAUAUCAUUGAUUGGCAUUUUGUUUCGAAGGUAUGCAAUUACGAGAACUUUGGCAAUGAGGAACAUUGCUCCAACAAUUGAUGCCAGAGCAUUCUCUCAUUUAACUGAUUUUGUGGGUUAACUUUCAAAUUAUCUAGCCAUCUCAAAGUAUUUCACUUAAGGUGCUGUUACGAAGAGAAACUGAUGUACCCAGCAGUGAUGGGAUCGUGAUCACCUCUUCCUACUGAAAACGCCAUGCUCAUCUUCCUACCAGCAAUUUCAAAGAUCAGUGCAGUCAUUCAUGUCACUGCUAGAAUCAGAGAGCAUGGGCUAAAAACCAAAGAGAUCGGAAUAAAGGCCAUAAUUGUAAUGAUGGUUUCUGGA